AGCGAUAGAACGUGGAUUGAGAAGCUAAAAAUUAAAACAAAAAGAUUGAAUUGUAAUUUCCGUUAAAUUAAUAAAGAAUUAAUUAAAUUAAAUGUUUAAAAAUAAAAAUUUACGUGUCGUAAUUUGAAGCGUGCGUCGAUGAGAGCAAACUAAAAAAAUAAAUAAAUCAGAAGAAUAAUAGUGGCAAACACUAAAAUAAUUGUGGGCUAUCCACAAGAAGAAGAAGAAGAAGCAUUUGUUAUUGUAAUCAAAUUCUAAAAACAAAAACCUUUACAAAAAACAAGUAGUGUUUCAGUGUGUUUUUUGGCCAAAACCUAGCUUAGCCCAAAUGCAUUUUUGUAGGUUUUCCUAAAGCCCAGCCCUUAAAGGGCUAAGUGAUUUGUUACUCUACUUUCCUCAUUUGAUCGAAGAAGUUUUGUGGCUAGUCUUGGUUACUUUAAAGUUAUUGGGUUCUUAGAAGAGAGCCAAAAAACAAAAAAAGCCGCUUGCCGGCCCCCUUAUAGGGCAAGUGACACUACACGAUGGUUGCCUGUAAUAGCGUAGCGUUGGUGGUAAUGGUCAACUUGUAAAUACCAGCAGCAGCCACUUGCAGUAGCCGAUAAACGGAUAACUAAGGCACUAUUUUGUUGUUAUUUCCUACUCAACUUGGACACUCCAACCUACCUAUCUUUCUGCCUGGCUACCAACAAAUUAACCCAAGAACCCACCUUGUGUCUGGCACAUCUAAAGGCAACGGCGGCGACGGCAGCAGUCCAUAUCGCCAUUGCGCUAUCACUAACCCCACACUAACUAAAAACUGCAUAAGCGUCUUAGUGCGGAGAAGACCAAAACAAUAAAAGCAAAAGCAACAAAAAACAAAGUACCAGCAACAACAAUAACAACAUAUAAACAAACCCAGUGUAACCUGGGCCAACCUACCACCCCCUUCCCACACACCAUUGAUGAUAGGAGUAAACGUGUUUUAGGGCAAAGGCGGCGGCAAGCCUUCCUCAUCGCAUUCUGUAACUGACUAUCUCUUCUACGUCUGUCCGGUAUUUCGCGCUCUCGUCUCUGUGUGUGUGUGUGUAUGUCGCUGGGGAUAUUUUUUAAUCGGUGCGCGCGGUGGAGUGUCUAAAUGUUUUCGUAAAGUUAAUGCGCGCAUUUUGUCGGCCUUUUGUGUGAUCUUUUAAAGGCUUUUUCCUUCGAUCAACCAACCAUACAACAAAAACAAGAACAACAAAACAGGCCAUCAAAAACGACGACAGCGGCAAGCCAACAACAUCACACAGAAAAAAAAAAAAAAAAAAAAAAGUAAAUCCAACAAAAAUUCUCUUUGAAUCUCUUUUUGGGGUGAGCCAGCCAGAAAAUGAGUGAAUGAGGAGUGCAGCAUAGGGAUUUUUCAAGUGUGUGUUUUUUUGUGUAUAUGCCGGUGAUUACAGGUGAUGUGUAUGUGUGUCAGUUAGUGAUCAUAUUUCUCCACAUGCCGUUAGCAAAAGAUCUCCAGCAAUAAGAACAACAACAACAUAAAACACAUCAGGUGUAGCAGUGACGCAAAAAAAAAAAAACAACAACAAAUCAUGUUCUCUCAUAAAUGGCGGCAAAAUAUCACCGCAAUAGUUCAGAUCUCUCACACACUGAGUGCUGAUGAAUUAAAAAGAGAUUGUGUUGAACAAAUCUAAAAAAAACUAGAAUAACAACAAUAAUAACAACAACAAACAUUAGCUAAACUAGAAACAACAAAAGAAAGAAAAUCAAAGAGGCUUUCAAGGAAAAGAAGGCCAUUAAAGCAAUUAAAAAAAGAGAAGCAUAAAAACACAACAACAAAACAAUAACAUCAAUGAAAUUCUUAAGCAACAACAAUUAAAGUGUCAAACAAUUUAACCAGAAUACAAAUACACAUACAUACAUACAGCAACAAAAAGUAUUACCAACCCACCAAAAAAACCCAAAUCCCCAAAAAGAAAAAAAAUUAACAAACAAAUAAAAUAAAAAAUAAUACAUAAAUCUCAAAAAUAUAACUAAAUAACAAUAAAAACUUUCACAACAAAUAAAAUAAAUAUUAGCAUUUUUUGUAUACAAUUCUAAGUAUAAAUCUAAGUAGAGCUAGCAUAACUUAUUAAACAUAAUAAAAAUUAAAACAAAAUAACACGUCCUUUUAUGCCAAGUACUUAUAACAAAUUAUAUAAAAAAUUAAUAAACUUGGAGCUCCCUUUACAAUAAAAAAAAAUAGAAGAGUUUGAUCUCCUGCUUAUAAUCCACAAAACUAAAAAAAUUUAACCAAGUGUUUAUUAUAUAACAACAUUGAAAAUCCCCUUUACCGCCAAUAUGCAUCUUUUGUGGCUCCUAACUAUGGCCCUAGUGGCUCUUUGGCAUUUACAACUCAUUACUUGUGAUGACAUCUCACUACACUUACCCACACAAACAAUUAAUGGAGGCUUACAACAAAAUCCCGGUCCUAAUGGUUUGGGCUCUACCGGUUUACCCACCGGUCAAAAUAUAGGGUUAGUCAAUCAACAAUCAACUGGUUCAAAUCUCAAUCAACUGGCCGGCAAUAGCUCUCUGCUCAAUACCCUGAUGAAUGGCAAUCCUGGGUUAAAUGGUUUAACUUCAUCCAUGGGUGGCGGCAAUAGUUUAAUGGGUUCCGUGGCAGGCAUGGGUGGCUCUGGUCUUAUGGGCCAUUCUUCAGGAGGUUCCAUGGGUUCGCAUGGUCCCGGCGGCGGAGGCGGCGGUGGAAGUAGUGGUGUUCAUCAUGGCCAUGCCUUGGCUGGUUUAGCCAAUUUGGGCAUUGUUGUUCCCGGUCAUCGUAUGGCAUCGGGUGCCACCAACUCGGACAGCGGAGGUCGUUAUAAUCCCUCUUAUAUGGGAGCCGGCAGUAUUGAUUCCAUGAGUGGAGGCGGCAACAGCAUGGGAGGAGGUUCACAAUAUUAUGAACAGGAGCACUUCAUUUCCGAGCACACCGUUAUGGCUGUCUUCACCUCACAGGGCCAAAUGGGCGGACCUUGCCGCUAUAUGCCAGCCACACGAAGGCAAAAUCAUCAAUGCCGCAAAGAGUUUGGAUUGCCCGAUACCAUACGUGAGGCUCGCCGUUUGGCCACCACCCAUUGUGAGGAUCAAUUUCGCUAUGAUCGUUGGAAUUGCUCCAUAGAGAUCAGGGGUAAAAGGAAUAUUUUCAAGAAACUCUACAAAGAGACGGCAUUUGUUCAUGCUCUAACUGCAGCCGCUAUGACACAUUCCAUAGCACGGGCAUGUUCCGAAGGACGCAUGACCAAAUGUAGCUGUGGACCCCGCAAACACAAUCGUCCCGAUCAGACCUUUGAAUGGGGCGGUUGCAAUGAUAAUCUGAAACAUGGCAAAAGGGUAACGCGAAGUUUUUUGGAUUUGCGUGGUGGAGAAAGUGAUGAGGUUACUGAGAUUUUACGACAUGACUCAGAGGUCGGUAUAGAGGCUGUCUCCACUAUGAUGAAGGAUAAAUGCAAAUGCCAUGGUGUUUCGGGUUCCUGCUCCAUGAAGACUUGUUGGAAGAAAUUGGCAGAUUUCAAUGCUACGGCCACAUUGCUGCGACAGAAAUAUAAUCAGGCGAUUCGAAAGGCACCCAACACACGCACAAUGCGAAGAGAGGCUACCUCAAGUCGUGUCAAAAAGCCCAAACAGCGACGAAAGAAACAACAACAGUCGCAGUACACCACCUUAUACUACUUGGAGACUUCACCCACAUACUGUUCCGUUACCAAGGAUCGCCAGUGUCUGAAUCCAGACAAUUGUGCGAAUCUGUGUUGUGGGCGUGGCUAUGUAACGCGCGUCUUCAAACAGGUGGAAAAGUGUCGCUGCCGCUUCAACAAUGGACGCUGUUGCCAAUUGAUUUGCGAUUAUUGUCAGCGUUAUGAGGAUCGAUUCUUUUGUAAAUAAAUUUUGGAACUAUAGAACUUCUCAUCCAAACACUUUCUCCCUCUUCCAACAAGAACAACAACAGCAACUUCCUACAAACAAAACAUUUCUGCCUUCUUUUGGAAAUCGCCAGAUGGAAGUAGCCUAAUAAGAAUACAGAGCGACGAAGACGAGAGAGCGCAACGAUGACUUCUUUUUAUUGUAUUUUAUUUCAUUCCUAUUUAUAAAUGUGCGUGUGUAUGUUGAUCGAAUAGUUUUUAGAGAAAAAAAUUACAAAAAAAAAAAAUAAUAAUUAAAAAAUUAUAAGAAAACAGACAAAAUAUUAUAAAAAAACGAAAGCAAAACAAAAAAAAAACAAGAAACUCAACCGUAACAACAAUACCAUAAAUCGAACAAAGCAAAUAAUUAGCAGAAAAUAAACUUAAAGAACUGUCAAUCUUUUUCAAAAAAAAAAAAAAACAAAAACCAAAUACAAAAAAUAACUCAUCACAAUGUUUAGACAUUAUCCCAAAAUCCCCUUAACUCCCCAUCAUCUAUGCUACAAUGAAGGCAUAACUCUUGUAUUAAAACGAAUAUUAUUAUUUAAUUGUAUGUAAAGAAAAACAAACAAAAAAAAAUAAUUAAAAUAAAGAAAAAGCGAAAACAUAAACAAAAAAAAAGCAAUGAAAAAAAACGAAAAACUUUUAAAAUCAUUCACAAAAAAAAUGUAUGCGACAAACCAGAAGAAGCAAAAAACAA